AUGGCGGACGGCGGCCGGCGGCGACCGGAGAGGGGAGCGAGCGAGAUCUGGUCGGGCGCGGGCGCGCCGGCGUCAACGUCAAGGGGCAUACCCUGCGGCUGGAGCGCGGACGACGGCGGCCACCUGCUCGCCUUCUCCUUCGACGCCGACGCCCCCGGGAGGUCAGCCCCGAGGCGCUGCUCCUGGAAUGUCGAGCUGGAGCAGGAGGUGGCGCUUCUGCGGACGGAGCUGGAAGCUGCGCAGCUGCGCGCCGAGGCAGCGGAGGAGGCCGAGGAGCAGCUGUGCGUGCAGCUCCGCGAGGCCAAGUGCGAGACCCUCGAGCUCGCGCACGCGUACCAAGGCCACGUCCAGGAGCUCACCGCCGCACGCAGCAGAUAGCAGAGCACCUAGACCCGAGCAAGAUUGCCAUGGUUGUAACUUGCACGCCUACAGUUGAAUAGUACUACCAGUGGUAUGUACUGAUGUUGAAGCGGCAGUGGCAUCUACAGCAAACAUUGCUUUGCCAUGAA